GGAGGGGCGAUAAAAAGGGAGGAGGAGAUGCAAAGAGUGAAGGGGCGGGAUGGUCUUUGGGGCGAAGAUUUUGACAAUGAUGACAGCGGGGAUCGACAAGGCAACGGCAAAGGCAAUCGUGUGAAAGUGUGAAUUCUUAGUGCAGGUCCCUCUGUAAUCCGAUUCCCUCUUUUUGCCUUGGAGACCACGCUUAGACUCUCCUUAGGCUGUCUGCAGUUCGGGCUGUGAGGAUCGGUGAUAAAACUUGAGCUGGGAGACGCUGGCUCGGACCCACCGAUUCGGCGCCAAGCUUCUGAACUCUUCUAUCGAUUUCUACGCUUCUUUUGCUUUCGGGAGAGAUUGUCGACGUCGGCAAUCUGUGCCAAUUCCCGAGUCACUCCAGCGUGAAGAAUACAGAUAUUAAACAUCACUGUGUAUCGAGCACGUGCUGUACUACCAUUCUUACUUCGAUUUAACUUAUUUUCUACUAGAUAGCACGAGCAACAAAGAAAUGGAAACGGAUCCAGGUUUCAUUGCGGCGUUGGAGGAAGCCCGUAAAGGUGCUGCCGAGGGCGGCGUUCCCAUUGGUUCAGCUCUUGUCGCUGCAGAUGGGACAAUACUGGGACGAGGCCACAAUAUGAGGCUCCAGAAGGGCAGUGCUACGCUUCAUGCGGAGAUAUCGACGUUUGAGAAUGCUGGGAGGCUACCGGCGUCGGUGUAUCGGGGCGCCACCUGCUAUACAACCUUGUCGCCAUGUGACAUGUGCACUGGUUCUUGCGUUAUGUACAAAGUAAAGCGGGUAGUCAUCGGGGAGAACGAGACCUUUGUCGGGGGCGAGGAAUAUCUGAAGCAGAGGGGCAUCGAGGUCGUCGUUUUGAAGAACAAGGAGUGUCAGGAAUUGAUGAAGAAGUUCAUCGCCGAGAAGCCGGAGGAAUGGAACGAGGAUAUCGGUGAGCCGUAGUGGCGGUCAUCUAGCAGCAAUUGUCCUCCAUUAUGGCCGAAAUCAAUGGUCCCUCGCGGCCCUACGGUCAAUUAUAGGCUGGGAUAGACAUCGAAGUCAAGGGACCGUUGAUGAUAUCCAACCCGGUUUAGUGUUCUACGACGAAGACAGCCGCUUAACCUCCUCGAAGAAGAACCUCAAAUUUUCGGGAUCCACAAACGGAGUGACACCAUGUCCGAGAUUCGCAAUCCAUCCUUGUUUCCCACCACCAAAUCCUCUCACGAUAUGGUC